AAUGAAACGCAACAGCAGUCAGAUACAAUCAUGUCAUGAGACGGUGGACAGAUUUAACUAAAAAUACAUUUAUAUAAAAAAAGAGAAGUAGAUUAGUGUUGUCAACCGACACAUUUAUUAAUGUUUAAAUAUAUCGCCUUUCUAAAAUCCCAGCCUGAUAUUAAUGGUAAAACCAACUGUUCGUUUUUGGGCGGAAGUCGGAGCCUGGUUACCGCUCGCGCUGAUUCGCACGCUCUAAAUGUCAAACGCGGCAAUUUCAAAGUUAAGGUAGGAUGUCCUGCUGAUGUGUAAGCUAGCUUCGGUUCUCCGACAUGUUGUUCUACACGCAACUCUUUACGUCCAAGCGGGGAUCGCUCGCCAGAAUCUGGCUUGCAGCGCAUUUGGAGAGAAAACUCACCAAGGCCCAUGUAUUUGAAUGCAACCUGGAAACAACUAUCGAAGACAUAAUUUCCCCAAAGAUGAAAAUCAGUUUGCGGACUUUUGGUCAUCUGCUCAUUGGUGUGGUCAGGAUCUACUCGAGAAAAGCAAAGUAUCUCCUUGCAGACUGCAGCGAUGCCCUGGUUAAAAUUAAAGUUGCAUUCAGACCAGGUCAGACAGAUAUGCCUGUGGAGGGGCUGGAGGCCACAGUAAAAGCAAUAACCUUGAUUGAAGAUUUCACUGCCUUUGAUGCCCCGCUGCCAGACCUGAGUAACAUCGAUGUCGCGGACCACUUUUUACUGAACCAGUGUCGAUCAGAAGAAAUCACUCUGAAAGAGGAUUUGGGAAAUGGCUUUCUAAACCUGGUAGAUUUUGGAGAUGAGUCCCAGAGUCACCAGACUGGCCUGCUGGAAAUGAGCUUCCAAACUGGAGACACUUUUGGGGAUGAGGAUAAAGGGUUCGACCUACUCGACUUUCUGACAAACUCCAGUGAUCUUGCUGAGUCUCCUGACUUCGUCCGAGAAGAAAAUGACAAUCCAGAGAGUUCUACACUAAAAUGUCAACAAGAUGCUGACAGAAUGGAAGUGGAGACCCCUGCACUGAGUGAGACCACCCUGCUUGUCAAUGUGGAGACAGCCUUUGCCCUUGAACCUGUGGCCAUCACUCCAAACUCAGAGACUAAGAGGGGGAACAGGAAACGCAAGCUGGUUGUGGACAACAUAAAAGAGCUGAAAAAUGAAUUCAUCAGAAACCAGCUUUCUGACUAUUCUGAUCUGAUCACCACGUUGGACAUGGCCCCUCCAACUGUGCAGCUCAUGCAGUGGAAGGAGAGCGGAGGUGUAGACAAACUCUUUGCACAGCCGUGUUCUACUGUAGUACCGGCACAGAUAAAGGAGAUCUUUGCUAAGAGUAUUUUUGAGGUGAAACGCUAUAGAGUGUGCGAGGAGGUUGAGAUGAUGCGCCAGGGUGGACAGGAAGUUCAGAGGGAUUUAAGCGCCCUCACCACAGACGUCAGUGUCGUAGAUUCGUCAAUAGAUCCUGAAAAAACACGCAGCGCUGAGCUGACCGGCCUCGAUCACACGAGCAACAGUCAGCGUGAGAGUUACUCCGAGAUCACACAAGAUGAAAACAGAUUGGAAAUCACUCAUCCAGAACUCCCAUCAGAGGACUCCAUGUUUGUCCACCCAUCAUUCAUGGAGCAGGAGACUCAGUCAGCCUCCCUUCACACUCAGUCGAUGCUGAACAGCCAGGACUUUGAGGACAGGAGGAUAACCAGGCGCGCCCAGGAGCUUCUGAGCAGUCUGAAAAGCAACACCAGUGACACCAGGUUCAGCCUGGAGGCGCUCUGUGAAGGAGGAACUCGUUCGCAGGCUGCAGCUACUUUCUUCUGCCUGCUGGUCCUGAAAAAACAAAACGCCCUUCACCUGCACCAGAGUGCUCCCUAUGAGGACAUCUUUGUCACACCUGGACCCAACUUCUGUGAUUAAUGAAACAGAAAACAGGUUAUGAUGCGUUGUGGUCAUGGUUCUUCUUGAUUUUAGUAUGUUUGUGUUGUGAUGUCAGUUUCCCAGAGUUCACUCGAAUAGCUUUCUGGGCUAAAUAGUAAAAACUUUGACUACUUUGAAUAUACGUCCUAAACAUUUAUAUGUUUCUGUGUGUGUGUCUCUUGUACAUACUUCUUCUGCAACACUUUACAAUAACUAUCAUUAAAAAUUGUAUAUUUAUGGUGAAUUAAACUUAAUUUAGCCAAAAAUGAAAGGAUUUAUGAAACAUGUAUUUAGUUAUUGUUUAUUGUGAUAAUUUACUGUAAAUAGUUAAUAAAUACUGUGCAUUUUACUUAUAAACAUAAUUUGGAAGGCCAUUAUAAAUGUACUACUGAUGUGUAUAUAAACCUUUAUAACUGCUUAAUCCUGUAAAUGGCUUAUAAAACAGCUUAUUUUACUAUAAAUGUAACAUUUAUUGGUGAAUGUUACCAUUUAUUUUGCUUUUUCCUGGCAUUUUUCUUUAGUGAGAAUUUUGAACAGUACAGUAUGUGACAAAAUGGGAAUGAGAUUAAUUUCUGCUUUCUUUCUAUAUAAUUCAUUUUUGCACAUUUUAAAUGAUCUGCAAGAGCCUUUGAAUUAUUAUUUAUUUUUUUUAUUGUUUAUUACCACCAAUGUCUGGUAUUAAGUAGUUGUUCUUGUGUUCUCUCAGGACUGAUAUUUCAUGCAUGUUCAGUUAUUAGUGUUUUACAUCUGUUCAUCUGUUUAUUCUAAACAUUGAUUUGGUUGUGUGAACGUCAUCUAAAAGAGAAAAAGCUACAUUUUUGUGUUUUAUUGUAAGCAAGUGUUGCAAAGUGUAAGGUGCGAGGUGCAAUUAAUGUGUUAAACAUCGUUCUGUUUUAAUGGGUAAAAAUAAAUAUCUGGCAUUUAUAUGAAACAAACA